AUGAAGUAUUAUGCUGUGAGAUCCGGUUUCCAUCCGGGGGUGUAUACCUCAUGGGCGGAUUGCAUGUCACAGAUCAAAGGGUUCAAGGGAGCAAAGUUCAAAUCUUUUCCUUCCGAAGAGGAGGCACAACUUUUCCUUAACGGAGUCGAUCCUACGCUUGACCCGAAUUCCGCUUCUUACACUGCAAAGUACUAUGGCGUUCGAAGUGGCAAGAAUCCCGGAGUUUAUACGGACUGGGCUACUGCGGAGCAGCAGGUGGUUGGUGUGCAGAAGCCGAAGGUGAGAUGUUUCGCCACCCGCGAGGAAGCAGAGGCAUUUGUCAAUAGUGGUGGGUCGGGAGGGUUAUCACCUGUGAGCGUCGAUGAUAGGAAGAGGCCCGUUCGGGCGGGGGCCGGGGAUGCCGCUGCUCCUAGCAAGACGGCGGUAUAUGGUGGCGAGGAUUCGUCAGAGUUGGAGACCAGAACCCCGAUGCCGAAAAAGCGGAAGAGCGUAGGGAAUAAUUUGAAUCAGGAGGAGACAAAGCUAAAAAUGGCGCUGCUUUGUGACCCCCCAAUGCUUGAGGAGGCUGCUCCCCAGGAAAUGCAUCCUGAUGAUGAUGCUGUCCUGCGCGCUUUGGACGGGCGCUUGCGGGAAGAGGACAACGGGACUAGUGAUGAGGACAGCUCUGACUCUAACGCCACCCUGGUCAACAACGACGAGGUCAAACCAAAGCCGCGGGUCAUUGCCAAAAAGAGCUCCAUCCUACGGAUAUACACCGAUGGUAGUGCCCUCCGCAAUGGAAAACCCUCCGCAAUCGCUGGCGUUGGCGUCUGGUUUGGCGACAAAGACUCCAGAAACAUCUCUGAGCCCCUUCCGGGCCCCCGCCAAACGAAUUCCCGUGCAGAACUAACCGCAAUCCUCCGCGCUAUAAAUGUCGCCCCCAUGCACCGCGAGGUGGCCAUAUACACUGACUCGGAGUACGCAAUCAAGUGCGUCACUGUCUGGCACAUCAACUGGAGCAAGAACAACUGGAUUACAAGCGUUGGUCGACCGGUCGAGAAUCAGGACCUUAUCAUACAGAUCCUGGAAAAACUUAAAGAGCGUGAGAGGUAUGGGAGCAAGACUAGUUUCGAAUGGGUGCAAGGUCACACGGGCCGGAAUGAUGGGAAUUCCGAGGCGGAUAGGCUUGCAGUCGAAGGAGCGAGGAUUGCGGAGGCGAUGAUUAACCGGAGGUAUUAAUCGGGGCCUUUUUUCCUUCUACAGUAUCUCUUACUCUUUUUCUUUGCUGGUGUUCAGUUAUUAACUUUUAUGACUGUAUCCCUGUCUUUUCUUCACCCCCCCCUUCUUUUUUUUUUUUCAUUAUCUAUUCCUUUUUGCUCUUUGUCAUCGGGAGGUAUCUUGCUUUUGUCUUGUCUUGCUUGCGUCUUGCUUGUGAUUUCGAAUUUCGGAGGCAAAAAAUGGGAAAAUGGAUGGGGAUUUUUGAUUUUGAUGUUUCAUCUCUCUUUUCUUUCUUAUAGCUGGCCAUGGUUACGUUUCCAUUAACUCUUUCACAUCUUGCUCAUACAUCCCUUUUCUGAUCUCGGCACGGUACGGUGUUGCGUUGUGUGGAUGUUUUCUUGUUCCAUUUCGUUUUGUUUUAUAAUUACCUUGGAACUGGAGGGAAUCAAAAUGGGUGGCUAUUUGUGCUUUUUUGCUCUUUGUUUGUCUUUUUUCAUGCUCUUUUUUCAUUGUGUCUUGUUGCCAUCACCUCCGCAUUUACUGGUAUUUUUACCUGUGGAUGUUAAGGUCGAUGCUUAUCCGACUCCUAUCAUAUCAAUUCUCAUAUACCCUCUUUUUUCUAUUCAAUUCGCCGGAGUCUACCCUCCCUCCCUCCCUCACGUGCGUACCUAGCGGAGGGUUCUCCACAUGCUCUAUCGCUUUUUUUUUAUUUUUUUUUCACUUCUCCCCUUUUCAGGCUUUUUCUCUUGCGGGAGGCCGGCUUCAUCGUAGGCUGAUCUCAUCUCAUCUAACCUUUUUUUCGUCAAGGGCGGUGGCUAUUCUGAUUCUUUAUGUGCGUACUUUCAUUCGCACUUUACUGGCUAGCUGGCUGCCAGAGGAGGGGUGGGGUAUUGGGGGGCUGGAUUGACUUGACUUGACUUGAGUUGCGGAGUCUGUUGAACACUAGGUCGGGAUUGGGUGGAUGUUUGUGUUUUUCGCUGUUUUUCUUGGUUUUCGCUGGCUGUUAGGUAAGUAUAGGUAAUUAGUUGUGGUAGGUAGUCGGGGUGCGUAGAGGGAGGCGAGGGGGAAGAGUAGUAAGAGGGGGCCGAGGUCGAGAAAUUAGAACUGUUAAGCGGA